AGUUAAUAUAAUUUUGAUACAAAAACAUUUAUCAGUACCACACCAUAUACCUCAUUACAUGCUACUACUUGCUUACCCUUUGUGAGAAAUCUGAGUUGAGUGCAAACACAAACUACAAACCACUUCCUUGUUCCAUACUUUCUUGAUCUUCUGAACAUGGCUGCAGAACUUGUUGGAGGAGCUUUUCUCUCUUCUUUCCUCAAUGUUCUUUUUGACAGGCUGUCCAAUGAUAAGUUUGUCAACUGGAUCCGAAGAAAGAAGCUUGACCAGAAUCUGCUUGGAAGGUUGGAGAAUAUUUUGAAUGUGGUUGAAGCUGUGCUGAAUGAUGCUGAGAAGAAACAGAUCACUGACAAUGCUGUCAAGAGGUGGCUCAAAAAUCUUCAAGAUGCUUUCUAUGAUGCUGAUGACUUGUUGGAUGAAGUAUGCACCAAAGCUGCCACUCAAAAGGAUCCAGGUAACUUCCUGUCUCAUAUCUUCCACUCACAGGAUAGGGAUAUGGUUGUGACUAGGAUUGAAGAAGUCAUUGCUAGACUAGAGGAUAUUGCGAAACACAAAGAUAUCCUUGGUCUGGAAAAGAUUGCAGCGAAGAACAUGUCAGGGAGGAUUCCAUCAACCUCACUAGUUAAAAAAUCUGAUAUGUUUGUUGGCAGGGACAGAGAGAUGGAUACCAUAGUGAAAUUGUUGUUAGAUGAUAGUAAAGAUGGUGAAAUAUCUGUGAUUCCUAUUGUGGGCAUGGGUGGGAUAGGAAAAACUACUCUGGCAAAAUUGGUUUAUAAUGAUGUUAGAGUGAAACACAAAUUUCAUGUUAAAGCAUGGGUUUGUGUUGGUGAGGAGGAAUUUGAUGUUCUUAAGAUGACAAAGAUUGUGAUAGAGAAAACUGGUAGUUCUUGUCACUCAAAUGAUUUAGAUACAGUUCAAAAUCAUUUGAAGGAUAAGCUAGAAGGGAAGAAAUUCUUGGUUGUUGUAGAUGAUGUAUGGAGCAGUAAUCGUGAGGGUUGGGAAAGCUUUCUAACUCCUUUUGAAUGUGGAAGUGAGGGAGGUCAUAUUCUUGUAACAUCCCGUCUUGAUUCAGUUGCUUCUAUGGUGAAAACUAAUCAUAUUCAACCUCUCAAGUUGAGUUUGUUGCAUGAGGAAGAUUGUUGGUUAGUGUUUGCAAAACAUGCAUUUUUUCCUACUGAAUCUAGAGACCGUUCAGCUCUAGAAAUCAUUGGUAGAAAAAUUGUUCAAAAGUGUAAAGGGGUACCUUUGGCUGUCCAAACACUUGGGGGCUUAUUAAGGACAAAAGAUCAUGAGAGGGAAUGGAUUGAUGUUUUGAAUAGCGAGAUUUGGGAGUUUGCUGAAGAUGAGAGUAGUAUUCUUCCUGCAUUAAGAAUUAGUUAUUACUAUCUCCCUUCGUACUUAAAACGUUGCUUUGUUUAUUGCUCUUUAUACCCAAAGGACUACGAAUUCAUAAGGGAGGAACUGGUGCCAUUGUGGAUGGCAGAAGGUCUUUUGCAGCAACCAAAGAGUGACAGCACUUUAGAAGAAGUUGGUUAUAAAUAUUUUACUGAUUUAGCUUCAAGAUCAUUUUUCCAACAUUCUAACUCUGGUGAAAAUUCAUUUGUGAUGCACGAUCUCAUGCAUGAUUUAGCAAUAUUCUGUGGUGGAAAGUUCUUUUCUAGAACCUUUGAACUCAAAAAUGCAGCCAAGCAUGAUGCUUAUCCUCGUCAUCUUUCAUAUAGUCGUGGCAUCAGGGAUUCGCUCUCAAAGUUCUUGGAAGCAUGUGAUGAUUUACAACAUGCGAGGACAUUGUUGAAAAUCAAUGUUGGUACCAGCCAUGAAUUCUCAAAGGAAAUCGAUCCUUGUCGCUUACUUGCACAAUUGAAGCGCGUAAGGGUUUUGUCAUUUGAAUUCUUUCCUGGUGACCAUAUUUCAUUGCCCGAUUCAAUAGGUGAUUUGAUCCAUUUGCGUUAUUUGGAUCUCUCUGGUACACCUAGCGUGACAUUGCCCGAGUCCAUGAGUAACUUGUAUAAUUUACAAACAUUGAAGUUGAGAGAGUGUGGAAACCUGAAAAAGCUUCCAAGCAAGAUGCAAGAUCUUGUAAAUCUGCGCCAUCUCGAUAUUACAGAGACUAAUUUAGAAGAGAUGCCAAAAGGGAUGAGCAAAUUGAAAGAGUUGCAGAUGUUAAGUUACUAUAUUGUUGGGAAGCAUGAAGAGAAUGGGAUUGGGGAAUUAGGAGAACAUGUACAUCUUCAAGGGUCAUUUCAUAUUAAGAAACUAGAGAAUGUGGUUGAUAGCAGUGAAGCUUGGAAGGCAAGGAUGGUUGAUAAGAAAUACAUCAGUGAUUUAUGUUUGGAGUGGUCAUCAGGUGAAGAUGGAGAUAUUGUUGAUUCCCAAAUCGAAAAAGAUGUACUUGCCAAAUUAGAACCUCACAAAGACUUGAAGAUGCUAUUCAUCUGGGGAUACAGAGGUACCAUGUUUCCGGAUUGGGUAGGGCAGUCUUCGUACCACAACAUGACUGAGUUGUAUCUGAGUGGAUGCAGGAAUUGUUGGGUGCUUCCUUCACUUGGACAGUUACCCUCUCUAACGAGAUUGGGGAUUUCAGGAUGUGAUAAGCUGAAGAUGAUUGGUGGGUCAUUCUAUAAGGGUGAUGGAACUCAUCAGUAUCAGGAGACACCCUUCCGAUCCCUUAAAUCUCUGCAAUUUUAUGUUAUGAGUUGCUGGGAGGAAUGGGAGUCAUAUGAAUGUGACGAUGAUGAUGAUGCACCAUUUCCUCAACUUGAAGAACUUCGGAUACAGUACUGUCCUAAGUUAAGAGGAGAUUUGCCCACUUUCCUUCCGUCUUUGAAAUCACUUUUGAUUAAUGAAUGCGAGGAGCUUGGUUGUUAUCUGCCAAGAGCUCCCUCUAUCCUCAAAUUAGAAAUACAUGGCAAACAGGAAGCAAGAAUGCGGGAGCUACCACUUUCCAUGUUGGAGACACUAAUCGUUAAUGGAGAGCAGCAGGUGGAGUAUGUGUUUGAGGCCAUGACCCACACCCAACCAACCUCUCUCAUAGACCUACAGAUCUCAGAGUGCUCAUCAGCUAUAUCAUUUCCAGGGGAUUCUUUGCCCCCUUCAUUGGAAGUGCUAUCAAUCAUGAACUGCAAGAAUGUAGAAUUCCCAAUGCAACACCAACAACAUGAGUCACUAAGGAGUCUUAGAAUAGACAACAGCUGUGAUUCGCUUACAUCCUUCGCAUUGCCAGCGUUCACAAAUCUCAAGUAUCUCACAAUUGCAAGACGUGAAAAUUUGACAUCUCUGGAGCUGUCACAGUCACAGUCCCUCCGAGAAUUACGGAUUAAAGAAUGCCCUAAGCUGGCGAACAUAAUAAGGCUGCCUGCCUCUUUAAGCAAACUCAGAAUCAGAGAAUGUGGGUUGUUGGGUGAAGGCAUAGAGAGGAAGGACCCCCACAUUUGGCCAUCCAUUUCCCACAUCCCCCACAUUGAAGUUGAUGACACAGAGAUCCUCAAUGAGUCAACAUCUUAA